AUUAUUUAACGAUAAACAUCUAAUAUCUGUAUCCUCGCUUACCAUGCAACUACAUACAUGACGUAUAUACGUAGGAUUAACAUCGAUCGAGAGUCUAUCAAAUCGAAAACAUCGUCAAUUUACAAAGAAACCUCUGCAAAUACCGCAGAGAUGCUAUUAUUCGUAGAUAAAGACGUUGUACGCAUCAAUGCUUCUUCUUUGAAAUCACGGUCAAUGAAUAAUUCCAAAAAAAACAAAUAAAAAGGAAGAGAAAAUGAAGAGAGAAACCAAUAAUAAUAGCUAUUGGUUCGUGUAAGGAAUUAAUUUCUGCUCGAAAGAAGGAAUAAAGUCAUGUGCUUCGUGAUUCAUUAAUGAUUACAUGAUAUUUAUAACACGCAUUUAUUAACACUCCGAUUAUCACCUGACUCACCUUGAACCAGCGACGAGUCUAAGUAAAAGAGCAAACAUUCGCGAUCACGUGUAUCCUUCGCGUGAAUUCAAGUGCAGUUUGUUCGAAGGCAUCGCGGUAAUUAAGAAUGAUCUCUGGGAUGCAAUUAUCACGAUUGAAAGAAAGCGCGAGUCUCGCGGGCGCCACAAUUAACUUUAUCAGUGGCGCCUGAAGAAGCGCCGUUAAAAGGAGCAUAAAUUGGAAUAUGAGCUCCGCUUAAGUCUGGUGUUGACGCUCUGCGUUAACUACCCUGCAGGUUCAUUAUACUCAAGACGCGUUUAUACUGCAACAGAAAUGGCUCAAUCGUUUCGCAAUGUCGUACAAAUUUUUCUCUUCCAAUGAUAAGUAAAAUACGCAACGUUAUAGUGGUUUGAAAAUUCCUUUCGAAAAAACUUUCGAAAGUUUUUCAAGGCGAACAAGUCAAGUGACGUAUUCGCGAGGCAUUUAUGAUUUAAGGAUCGAGUAGACUACGUACAGUCGCUUAAAAUACUCGCCGUCUGUAAAAAUUAUUCCAUAUUUUCUCCAUCGCGAUUAUGUAUAGAAAUAAGUAGACCUUAAUCUCAUUGGGCAUCUUAUGCAUACAUACCUCGAUCAUUUGCAAUCGCUUAAGUUAAUGACAUUUUGUUUGUAGAAGAAAUAAGAUGUCUAAUGUUUUGUACCAUUUAAAGAAAUAAAUUAUAUACUGUGAAUGAUUUCCUUUAAACAUUGACACCCUCGUCGAUUAUAGGUUUGGCUAUACUUAUUACUAAAAAAAAUAUUUUUAAAUAAUUACUAUCAUCCUAAUUUCAAUUCCUUAUUUUUCAUUUAUUUUACAUAUAUAAAUAGAAGAAAAAGGUCACAAAAUAAAUUAAUAAUCGGCAUAUCUCGUAAACUAAAUUAUAUCCUUAUAAUUAUUUUGGACAAUUUUGUCAUUCUUGAUACUAGUUUCUCUAUCUCUCCUGUUUGCAUAUGUACCAACGUAUACCUGUGUGUUAUAACAAGUUGCGGUCGAGAUCAAGAUAAUUCUCGCUAGUCGCAUAUCUGCAUCUAAGGAUCAAUCUAAUGAAGUCCAUCUGCAGCUGCGUCGAAUGCUGACAGGCUCGGGAGAGAGAGAAAAAUGCAAAAAAACUGGACAGCAUUUUGCGAACACUAUCAUUCAGGUCGUGUCCAGUGAUAACGAAGGCGGCGGCACCUUUAGUGUUAACGGAACGUUAGUUUACGUAGAAGAAACAAUUGGAUAAAAUAAAAUCCGAAUAGUAGGUAUGUCGAAUUUGGAUGGAAGAAAAACAAAAAGCUUGAACGACAUCCCUAAAGUGUUCAAACGGCGCGAUCGCGAUGAGUCGAAAAUUUUAUCGAAAGUUUCUUUGGAAAACGUAGCCAGCGAACGAUUUAAGACUUUAAAUGUGAGAGGAGAGGACGCUUCUCCUAUUACAGUUCCAAAGCUCGAAGUCAUAGAGCAAAGUGACAACGAUGAAUCGAGUAACACCGAGGAUGAAGCGAACGAAGAGAAUAGAUUGAAAAAGCCAGAAGUGCGGAAAUUGGAUGCCGAGGAUAAAAUAAAAAAUACUUUUAAGCUUGACUUUUCAAAUGUAAGUUUGGAGAAACAGAAACGGAUUCUAUCGAUAAUUGACAGUUUUCUGUCACUCAUUCUAAUUACUCCGAUGACCAUCAGUUUUUGGAGAGGGACAUGGACCUUGAUGGAUAUCCAUGCAGAUAUGUUCCCGGAAUUGUUCACCUUCUUCUUGGGUAUUCUAGUACACACGUGUUUUGCGAUUAUGAGGGAUUUUCUGCACGAUCGUGUGCUCGAUAUAUCAAAAAGGAAAACUUGCCUGAAUAAAACCUUUUGCAAGAUCGUCCAAAUUGUAUACACAUACGUCUUCGGUAUUUCCUGCAAUAUGCACUGGAGAGGUGCUUGGAUCAUUUUCGACCACUUCUUCUAUUACAAUAUUUGGGUAACUGUAACCGCUACUUUGGCGCCAAUGAUAAUUUUGGCGAUCUUUCGAUCAAUUCGUAAUGUUAUAGCCAUCCCUUCGGUGAUCAACGUCGACAUACUCACCUUCGUCUUUCGUUUUCCAACGAGGUAUAAGAUGGUAAGUUAAUUAAAAAUAUAUUUAAAUUGUAGAAUUAUUGAUAUGUUUCGUGAUAGGAUACACGAAAAAUCUAGCAAUCGUUACACGUGUGUAAAGAAAAUAGAAAAAAUUGUAAUAAAUGACCAGUUAUGUAAAUAAAAAUCUUGAUGAGGAAUCCGAAUUGCAGAGAUCUCACGAUUUUUCUUGGCACUUUGGGAAAUAUUUCAAUCGCUGUUAGAUACGGA